AGAUGUACACAUUUUACAUCUUUCACGAAAGGGGAAGUAACUAACUUAUGUAAACAAAAGAAUUGAAAAAUGAGUGUACAUGUUAAAGUUAUUCUUUUCACAUGUUUCACUUCAUAUGUAACUUCUUUCCAUGCACAGGGCAUUUAUAAUAGUAUAAAAACUGAUUAUGUAGUGGAACAGGAAGCUGUCAUUUCGAAUAUUGACUUUAAAAUAAAACCAAAGGACUCAAAUCCAAAGGUCAGUUCUCCAUUGCAGUUCAAUCAACAAAAACCAAAAGAUGAUAGUUAUGCAAUCUAUAAACCUAACUGGGAUGAUUUAGACAAAAGACCCUUACCAACGUGGUAUGAUGAGGCCAAAAUAGGAAUAUUUAUCCACUGGGGAGUGUUUUCAGUCCCAAGUUUUCGAUCAGAAUGGUUUUGGUGGGAUUGGCAAGGGGCAAAAUACAAUGAUACUGUAGACUUUAUGAAGAAAAACUACAGACCUGGUUUUACAUAUGCAGAUUUUGCUCCAAAGUUUACAGCAGAAUUUUUUAAUGCAGAUCAAUGGGCAGAUAUAUUCAACACGUCUGGUGCAAGAUAUGUUGUCUUCACAUCUAAACAUCAUGAAGGAUAUACUAACUGGCCAUCUAAUUAUUCUUUUAAUUGGAAUUCAAUGGCUGUUGGACCAAAGAGAGACAUUGUUGGUGAGUUGAGUACAGCACUUCGUAAAAGAAAUCUACAUGUUGGAUUAUACCAUUCUUUAUUUGAGUGGUUUCAUCCUCUGUAUUUACAAGACAAAGAAAACAAAUUCCGAACACAACAAUUCGUGAAGAGUAAAACCCUGCCAGAAUUAUACGAGCUUGUAAAUACUUACAAACCAGAUGUUAUAUGGUCUGACGGUGACUGGGAAGCUUUAGACACUUACUGGAAUUCCACAGAGUUUAUAGCAUGGCUCUACAACGACAGUCCUGUGAAAGACAGUAUUGUCACUAAUGACAGAUGGGGCAGUGGUGUUAUGUGUAAACAUGGGGGAUACUUUACAUGUAGUGACAGAUACAAUCCAGGUAAAUUACAAAGCCGAAAAUGGGAAAAUGCAAUGACAAUAGAUUCCCAGUCCUGGGGAUACAGAAGAAAUGCUAACCUAAGUGACUAUCUAUCUAUUGAACAACUGAUUGAUACUAUUGUAGAAACUGUCAGUUGUGGAGGAAACAUUCUUGUGAAUGUUGGACCCUCUCAUGAUGGCGUAAUAAAGCCGAUCUUUCAAGAGAGACUCAGUCAAAUGGGAGAAUGGCUAAAAGUAAAUGGCGAAGCAAUAUAUUCUACUGUACCAUGGAAAUUUCAAAAUGACACUUUAACCCCAAAAGUAUGGUACACAGAACGUAUUAUAGACUCAGUAAAGACAGUUUAUGCAAUAGUGUUACAGUGGCCAGAAAAAGAUACCUUACUACUCGGAGCUCCUGUACCUUCUAAGGACACGACUGUUCAAAUGCUAGGUUCAGACAUGUCUUUCACAUGGGCUAAAGGACCUUCUAGAGGCAUGCUAAUAAACAUUCCCUCAAUACCAUACAAUCAGAUGCCUUGUAAAUGGGCAUGGACAUUUAAAAUUUCAAAUCUCCUCAAUUCAUAAUAAAGUCGAGCAGUAUUUCAAAUUUCAUUAAAUCAAAUACUCAGGGGUAAAUAAGAAAGACCCUUAUUUAUUUAUGUUUAUCUUUUCCUCUUUACCUGAACUUUUUAUAUGCACACCUAAACAAAGAUUAGGAUUACCAAUGUUUAAUUAGGUACUUUACUUGAAAAAAAACCAGUUACAAACACUUAGUCUAGUUUUGUGUAUAUAACUGUAAACGAUACUCAUGUAUAAAGCUCUCUGUUCAUAAGACACAAAGUAUACACACACUACCAAUUCAGAUCAAUUUGAUUUUAUCAAUUAUUUUUUAGAACUUAGUGAAAAUACACGUGUAUAUUGAUUUGUAUAUAUUAAGAUGAAACUAUUUUUUUAGAUUUGUUUUGCAUUCCAUAAAUGAAAUUUUAUGAAAACAAGGUAUCCUCAAGUAAAGUCUUGUAGCAAUCUAUUUUUGUAUUGAUAUUGAUUACAUAUGUUUUUGAUUUACCUGGAAUUAAAAAAAGUUUGGAAGGAAUACCAAUAGUUUGUCUUUUAUAAUUCAAGGGCAUAGAAAAGAAAGAGCAUCGUGUGUAGUUUUAAUAUAUGCAAAAUCAGGAUACCUCAUCAUAAAAGUAACUUCUAUAUAUCGAAUUAUCU